AUGAGAACAAACGUAUUAACUAUUUUAAGUGCAUUGGCACUCACUUCAAACGCCCUUUUCAUUCCAAACUACAACGACAUAAUCAAUGUCUUUAGAGUUGAAGUUAAUGAAAAGGGUCAUACUCAACAAAUGGAAGAGUAUAAGCAUGAAGAAUUUGUUCCAUUGGUUUUGCAUGAUCAAAAUGUGGAAGGUAAUUACAUUGUUGUUUUCAAGACGGGUGUGAACAUCGACGGAUUCAAGAUUGAUUGGGUUACGGAUGAUGUUUUAAAUCGUUUUGAUAUCCAUGGCAUGGCUGGUUUCAGCGCAAAAUUAUCUACAGUUGCACUUGAAUUGUUGAGAAGAAAUCCAUUGGUUGACUUUAUUGAACAAGACUCCAUUGUCCACACGAAAGAGUCAUCCGUUGAGAAAGGUGCACCAUGGGGUUUGGCAAGAGUCUCUCACAGAGACGCUUUGUCACUUUCGUCAUACGACAAGUAUCUCUACGACGACGAAGCUGGUGAAGGAGUAACGAGUUACGUCAUUGAUACCGGUAUCAAUGUGAAGCAUGAGGAAUUUGGUGGUCGCGCUAUUUGGGGCGCAACCAUUCCUACCGGUGACGACGAUGUUGACGGCAAUGGUCAUGGUACUCAUUGCGCUGGAACAAUCGCCUCAAAAGAUUACGGUGUUGCUAAACGUGCAAAUGUUGUUGCUGUGAAGGUUCUCAGAAGUAAUGGAUCGGGUUCAAUGUCUGAUGUCAUCAAAGGAAUUGAAUAUGCAACCAGGGCACAUCAAGACGCGGUCAAAAAGGGCAAAAAGGGUUUCAAAGGUUCAACUGCUAACAUGUCACUUGGUGGCGGUAAAUCUCAAGCUUUGGAUUUGGCUGUUAAUGCUGCUGUUAAAGCUGGUUUGCAUUUUGCCGUUGCUGCUGGUAACGAAAACCAAGAUGCAUGCAAUACAUCACCUGCAUCUGCUGAAGGUGCAAUUACAGUUGGUGCUUCCACGAUUUCCGACGAAAGAGCUUAUUUUUCAAACUAUGGUAAAUGUGUUGACAUUUUCGCUCCUGGUUUGAACAUUUUGUCAACUUACAUUGGAUCUGAUUCUGCUACUGCUUACUUGUCUGGUACUUCAAUGGCAUCGCCACAUGUUGCUGGUUUAUUAUCUUACUACCUUUCAUUGCAACCAGGAUCUGAUUCUGAAUUCUUUGUUGCUUCUGAUGGUGUUUCUCCAGCACAAUUGAAGAAGAAUUUGAUUGCAUUUGGUACUGAAGGUGUUUUGGCUGAUAUUCCUGAAGAUACACCAAACAUUUUGGCAUUCAAUGGUGCUGGUCACAACUUGACCGAGUUCUGGAACCACAAGUAG